AUGGGCAUUUCGCAGCAGAGCCUUGAAUUUGACUUGCGCUCGGGCAGGGAACGUUCAUAGCUUCACCACGGCCGACUUAGGUAGUGCUCGACUGUCACUCUGGUGAGCACUCACUUUUGCUCUCUCCGACGCCGGCUUCGCCAUGGACCGUAGCACGAAAGACCACCGGCCGAAGCAGGCCGGUCCGAAAGCCGACAAGAAGGCCAGUAAGACAAAGAAGAAUGCCGAGAGAAACAACCCCAAGGCAUUUGCGUCAUAUUCGGGGAAAAAGGCCGAUAAGAUAAUUCGGCGAAACCUGGAGAAAGACCAGAACAAACUUCACGUUCCACUUGUUGACAGGACCCCAUUGGAAGCACCACCGGUGGUUGUUGCUGUGGUUGGACCACCUGGGACGGGGAAGACGACCUUGAUCCAGUCGCUAGUAAAGAAGUACUCAAAGCACAACCUUGCGGAAAUCAAGGGGCCAAUCACGGUUGUCAGUGGAAAGCACCGUCGGUUGACGUUUAUCGAGUGCAGUAACGAUGUGAAUUCGAUGAUCGAUGUGGCGAAGGUCGCGGAUCUGGUGCUCUUGCUCAUUGACGCCAGUUUCGGCUUUGAAAUGGAAACCUUCGAAUUUCUGAACAUUCUGCAGGUCCAUGGAUUCCCGAAGGUCAUCGGUGUACUGACACAUUUGGACAAAUUCCGGGAUAACAAGCGUCUUCGAAAAACGAAGAAGCGGUUGAAGCAUCGUUUCUGGACAGAAAUUUACCAGGGAGCCAAGCUCUUCUACCUGUCUGGGUUAAUCAAUGGGCGGUACAUGAAGAAUGAGAUCACGAAUCUGGCCCGCUUCAUUUCAGUGAUGAAAUUCAGGCCACUCAUCUGGCGAAACACACAUCCUUAUGUCUUGGCUGAUCGUGUGGAAGAUCUGACGGAUCCCGAAACGCUGCGUCUCAGUCCGAAGUGCGACCGCACCGUCUCUCUCUACGGUUAUAUGCGGGGGACGAACCUGAAAUCGGAAAUGAAGGUACAUAUUCCGGGAGUCGGAGAUCAGAAAGUUGGCGAGGUUAGCAUUCUGCCAGACCCGUGUCCGAAGCCCGAUAAAGUCCGACGGACUUUGAGCGACAAACAUAAGUUGAUCUAUGCGCCCAUGUCCGACGUUAUUGGCAUUCUCUACGACAAAGAUGCCGUGUACAUCAACGUUCCUGGCCAUUUUACGAAGCGCACCGAUGAGGAUAUGGGAGACGACGAUCAAAACAUCGGAGCAGGGGAAAAGAUGGUCAUCGACUUGCAGAAUGCGCCGGAUACGUUCGCAGAUAAGAUGAAGGACAGUGAGCUCCGACUGUUUGCCUCCUCAGCAACCGUAAAGGCGUCCGACGUUCUCGAUGGGGACAUGGGGCAAACAUCUAGGUCGAGGAGGCGAGUGGGUGCUGACCCCAAUGACACUGACGGUGAAGAUGAUGAUGAGGAUGAGGAUGAGGUGGAUUCUGGAGUCGGAUCCGAUGCAGAGCCUGGUUCCGGAAGUGAUGAUGAAGACGACGAUUCCGAUGACGAUGUCGAAGAGGACGGCGAACUGGAAGUGCAAGACGGCGCGAGACGGCGACUACGAGCACCAAAAGUCCGCACUGACGAGGAGCGAAACGAUGAUCUUGCUUUCGCCGAGAGUGAUAGUGACUUUGACGAUGAGGAGGACGACUCGGCUCUGGUGGGUGAAGACGAGGAAGCCUCUUGGAAAGGCAAAUUACUCGACAGAGCGGCCGCCAACCUUGCGUUGAAGCGGAGGGUCAACCUGAUGGAUCUUGUUUAUGGAGAACAGGAUACAAUCGAGGCGGGGGAUAGUGACGACGCUGGAUUGAUGCAGGAAGUCGAUGAUGCCGGACUCUUCCGUGUUCGGAAAGGCGAAACGGAUUUCGGAAGGAAAAACACGCAGAUUGAUGCAAGCAAACACGAAGCUCCCUCCGGGGAACUGGAAAAAUGGGUGGACGAGGCCGAGAUGGAAAGCCUCAGGAAUCGCUUCAUUACCGCGCAGCUCGAUGGGGAGGCCGGAGAAUCCGAGACCGCGGCAGGCGCGGAGACGGAGGAGGUCUACGGAGACUUCGAAGAUCUGGAGACCGGUGAAAAAAUCGAAGGCCAAGAGGGCGAGGCAGCUACUACCGGUGAUGGAGAAUCCAAGGAAACGGAUGAGCUCGCCAAGAAAAAGGCGGCACUAAAACGCAAGUUCGAUGCUCAAUAUGACGGUAGUGACGAUGAAGCAAACAACUCCAACAUGUACGAGAACAUGAAGGAGGAUAUGGCCAGGCAACAAGCCAUCAACAGGGAAGAGUUUAUGGACGACUCGCCGGAGCUGAGAGCUCAGAUUGAGGGGUAUCGCCCGGGCACUUAUGUGCGAAUUGUCCUCAAGGGCAUGCCAUGCGAGUUCAUAGAGAACUUCGACCCAAGCUUCCCUGUAUUGGUGGGCGGGCUCUUACCAGCGGAGGAAAACUUUGGGUUCAUGCAGGUUCGCAUCAAGCGGCAUAGAUGGUUCAAGAAGACACUGAAAAACAACGACCCUCUCAUCUUCUCUAUGGGAUGGAGGCGAUUCCAAAGCUUGCCUAUCUACUCCUUGAACGAUGGAACCAGAAAUAGGCUGCUCAAGUACACGCCUGAACAUAUGCAUUGUUUGGCCACCUUUUACGGCCCAACAACGCCGCCAAACACGGGCUUCUGUGCCUUCCAAGAACUUGCGGACAACACUGCAGCUUUCAGGUUGAGCGCCACCGGCGUCGUUCUCGACAUCGACAAGAGCACUGAGAUUGUCAAAAAGUUGAAGCUCACCGGUGUGCCCACGAAAGUCUUCAAGAACACUGCUUUCGUCAAAGAUAUGUUUACCACCGCUUUGGAGGUUGCGAAGUUCGAGGGCGCCAACAUCAGGACUGUUUCUGGAAUUAGAGGACAAGUCAAGAAGCAUGUUGGAAAACCCGAUGGACAAUUCCGUGCAACGUUUGAAGACAAGAUUUUGAUGAGUGACAUCGUAUUCCUUCGAGCAUGGUAUCCGGUGAAGCCAAAACGCUUUUACAACCCUGUCACAUCAUUGUUGCUGUCAUCUAAGAAAUGGCAAGGGUUGCGCACCACUGGACAAUUGCGCCGAGAAAACAACAUGAGUGCGCCCGUCAGUCAAGACUCUCAGUACAAACCCGUUGUGCGACAAGCUCGACGCUUCAACACCCUCAAGAUCCCGAAAGCCCUGCAGGCAGAACUCCCCUUCGCAUCGAAGCCCAAGCUUCAACAAAAGCAAAAGAAGCCAUCAUUGCUCGCACGUCGGGCAGUGGUUUUGGAGCCUCACGAGAAGAAGGUGGCGAACCUGAUCCAGCAGCUGAACACCAUCCAUCGCGAGAAAGAAAAGAAGCGGAAGGACAAGGUCCAGGAGAAGCGCGCGGAGUAUCUCAAAAAGAAGGAGAAGGAUGCCAAGUUCUCCGAGGAGAAGAAGAAGGAAUUGACGAAAGAUUACCAUAGGACCGAGGGCAAAAAACGGGCGAGAGAAGCUGCCAUCGCAAGCGGUGGAGCCAGGAAGAAGGCGAAACGCGACGAUUAGAAGUAUGUAUAGCCAUCCACCGAGUCGUAGUUCGUAGUACCGAGGAUGUAGGAUGUGGUGUCCGCCUCUGCGUCACUUCAGAUGCGUAUUUUCACGUUAGAUAUGUAUCAUAAUUUAUGCACGACAAACAGCACAUUAUUUGGCG